CAUAAGUGUCCCAGAUAUUGGACAUUUUACUUCCCUUUGCAAAUUCCUAUCCGACUGUCGAUAUAUGCAUGAUAUAAAGAGAUAAAGUAAUGGCCUCAUCAGUCAAGCACUUUUGUACAAUUUGUCUUGAUGAUGGAAUCUCCAACAGAGCCGUCACCUGGUGCACAGAAUGUGAGGUGUUGUUUUGUGAAGACUGUAAAAAACCUCACAGCAAGUCAAGACUGUCUAACAAUCAUAAAACCAUCUCAUCUGAAGAUUACCACGAGUUACCUAAAUUCAUGAAAGAAAUAAGCAGUCAGUGCAGAGACCACAAGAAGAAGUUUGAACUUUAUUGUUCUUUUCAUGCAUGUCCAUGCUGUGUCCAGUGCAUCACCGAUGUACACCAGAAAUGCCAAGAUCUGAAACCCUUGUCUGAUAUCCUAAAGCAAGUAAAAUCAUCUGCCUCAGUUCAACUUUUUGAAAAAGAUUUGAAGGUUGUGAUGGAAAACUUAGAUGCAGCCAUAAAAUACAUGAAAACCAGGAUCAGUACCAUCAGUACUCAGAAAACGAAAGCCGUUGAGGAAAUCAAGUAUCUGAGGAAGUCGAUCAAUGAUUACUUAAACAAAUUAGAGCAAGACAUACUUAAUGACUUAGAGUCUAAACAUUCAAAGCUGAAAUUAAACAUGGCCACUCUCGUGCAGCAAAUGGAACAGCGAGCCAGUCAGAUAAACCAAAUGCAGAGUCAGUUUACCAAAAUGACGCAAUAUGCAACAGAGCUACAGAUGUAUAUUGGUCUAAGAGAAAUUGAGGAAACUACAUCACAAACGGCAAAAUAUGUAGAAGAUUUAGAGAGUAGAGACCACUUCAUUGAAACGAAUCUAGAGGUUAACAUUUCAUCUGCUCUUCAAUCAAUUUUACGUGAUGUCAAAUCCUUUGGAGAUAUCAAUAUCAAUACCACCUCUUCUACUCUCCAAAUAAAGGCCGGUAGAAAAGAUCAAGCCCAACAUUUAAUUUCAAAAGUUCCUGGAAUUGAACAAAUAAAGCCAUCUUUGUUGACAAGACUGACAACUCCAAAAGAUAUGAAGACUUUAAGUAUAGUUGCCUGUCGUAUAUUACCUGAUGGCAAAUUUAUAAUACUUGAUUGUAACAAAAAACAACUACUGUUGUUCAGUAAAGAUGGCAUCUUCAUCAGAAUAGUAGUUACAUUCACACAAAAUCCAUGUGAUGCCUGUUUUUUCAGAAAUGAUACAGUAGCUGUUUCAUUAGGAUACGCCAACCAGACAACACUGGUGGAUAUAGAAAAGAAUAAAAUUAUUCAGACCAUCAACCUUUCUCAUGAUUGUUAUGGAGUAGCAAGUGAUGGUGAAACUUUUGUCAUCUGUACUACUGACAGACAGAGUACUAGAGUGAAUCUGAAUGACAUGUCUCAUACAAUCUUAGAAGGAAUGGAAGGAGUGGAACGUAUAUCAUUAUUCCAAGGAAAUGUCUAUUGGACCAUUUCCUCUGAAAACAAAGUAUGCUGCUUAAAAAGUACGGGUGAACCUCUGUGGACAUUUCAGCACCAGGACAUUGACAUUCCAGUAGGAAUUACAUUAGACAUGAAUGGCUUUGUUUAUAUAGUUUCUAGUAGAAACAACAGUGUUGUGGUAGUAUCUCCAGAUGGUAAAACCUGUAAGACCAUACUUUCAGAGGCUGAUGGAAUCGAAUGUCCUUAUCAAAUAGACAUAAACAAAGAAACAAGAAUUAUGAUAGUGUCUAGUCAAGUAAGAGAAGAUAGCAGAAACCAUGACACAGCUUUUGUUUAUAAGAUUUAACAUUUUAUUUUAAUUUUUGAAUGAAAAAAUAUCUGAUAUCAAGAUCACAUCUUCCUUAUUAAGGCGUGUAAAUAAUACAUGAUUAGAAUGCAUAUUUCUUAAUUUUCUAAUGAUAAAAAGAAUUAUUUUUCAACUGGAUUUCCAAAGGAAAAUAUCGGCAAUUUAUCUGGUAAUGUACGGCGGACGGUCGGAUGGUCGGCUGCAAAAAAGUGUCCGUGUAAUUUUUAUUUUGUUUCCUGUGAGUUAAUGAAGUUCAAGUUUUACUUUCAGGAUUAUUACCUUUUAUCGUUGUUGAGUUGUAGACAUAUAAGAGAACAAUAAUACUUAGACUGAUUUUGAACUUUCCUGUUCUGAAAUCUACAAAAAAAAAUCAUCUUUUUUUUUAAUUUAUCCUGUUUUUGGAUCAAGAUUGGCAAAAACUGUUUUCAUGCCGGAAAAUUCGAUUUGCUGUCAAUCUGAUAGCCUCUUGUUUCGCAAAUCACAUUGCAUUAAGAAUUAAAUAAGAACUCAGUAAAUAUCAAAAUUUGAUCAACAUGCGUUGAAAGCACCUCCAGUAUUUACCACCAUUAGGACCAAACAAUUUCAAUGGCAAGUAUAUCAAUAGUUAAAAUUUGAACAAUAUGCAUGACAAAAGGACCCAGAACAAGAAUAGCCAAACUGAAACUAAAGUCAACUGAUCCAUGGAAAGGGAUAGAAACUUUAGUCUAAAUAAUGUCUAAAUUUAUCAAUGAAUACCUGAAAAAGGUAUUUUAUAAACAGACAUGUGCCAAAAUAAGAAAUUACAAGAGUGAACACGCUGAAAUGUCUUACCUGCUUCAUGUGUGCUUUACUGACCAUUGAAUUUUGUAUGUUGAAAGUUUUAAAGAUAAAGGUUUAACUACUAGUA